AUGUUAGGCCCGCGUGUUAUGGGUGCGAGUAGUAACCCAGGACCCACUCAACCUCUCCAUCGAAGUUCUUUCAAUUAUAGCGCAAGCACCGAUCUUCAGCGCCAGAAAUCCACGAAACAGCUCAUCAGUCGCUAUGAAUCCAUGAGCGUAUCUCCAGGCAAGGAACCUACGCCAAGAAGACCCAUGCAUCGACACGAAAACGGAGGUUCUCUUGAAACACCAACAAAGAUGGCUGUGAAUCAGGCUGGCCAGAAGGACAAAUCUCCCAUUCGCCAAUCAUUCCGCAACCUCCUCUCAGUUAUCAAGAAAACGACCACUGGAUUGUCUAAACGACGAUCAGAUGACCGACUCUAUCUUCUCAAGUCUGGCCAAUCCUACGAUGGUCCUCCUGAUGUGCCAGCAAAGGACAUUCCACUCCUCGACGAACGAGGACCAUUACAAAACCCUAGAAACAAAAAGAUCUCUGGUCAACUCUUAUAUCUCUCCCAUUCCCAUAUUCGGUCGGACAGUGGUGGCCUGGCAUGGGUAUCUUGUACGGCGAAUCUGAAAGGAAACAAAAUCCUCGUUUCUUGGUUCACACCCCUAGGCGACCCUUGCAUUCAUGAGAUUACGUUGGCUCGCUGCUCGGAUAUUCGUUCACUUUCGCUAAGAUACAUGGAUUCCGAAGAGGCAUCCCUUUUACCCUCCACCGGAGGCGAAGAGCUCAAAGUUUUUGAGAUCCUUUUUGAAGGAAGAGCUCGGGAAAAGUUUGCUGCGACUUCAGUCAAGGAUCGAGCAAACUGGAUCAGCGGGAUAUGGGACACGAUAUUGCCCUCUCAAGAAUCAAAAGAUGUUACAACUGAAAGUAGUCCGUCGAAAUUCUUGACCGCCUCCCACACCCAAGUGUCAGAGCAAGUUGAAAGUCCCAUUCCAACUCCAUUGCCGAUACUUAGUCCUCUAUUAAGCCCUACUUAUCCCGAGGGCUCUGCUCCCCCAGUUCCUUUGAAGCCUUCGCUACCUACACUAAUGAUACCAGGGAAAUUAGGCAACCCUUUUUCGAAACUUCCUUCACCCGCUGGCUUUACCCCAAUUUCUCCUAGCGUCUAUUCUCCCGUUUCAAGGCCAGUCUCCUCAACAAGCUGCCGUUCUGCCAGUCCUUCCGUAGCGAACCUCGGCCAACUCUCUGUCGUCAAACAACGAUUGGCUCAGAUAGAACGAAAUCACCCGCAAAGCCAGAACGGAAUUCACGGUUCACCGGUCUCUCAGGGGUCCCAACUUAAGGUAUCACAGACGUUACCUCCUAGAGGUGACGUUCAGCAGUCUUUUCAAUGGCCUCCAUCUGAAACCUCGCCCCAAAGGAAUUUAUCAAGCGCAGCAGGUUUCGAUGGUCGGGAAAACUCCAUAAACUACCACAAAAUUGCGAACGAUCUGACCGACAUAAAGAGUAUCCUUGGUGGCGAGACAAAUUAUCCAACUGUGCAACAACUUGUUGUUGGUCUGGAUCAUCGCAUCCAAGGAACGGGAGAAUCUCUCAACUAUAUACAAGACAUCUUGCAGGGACUAGCGGAGCGAUCAUCCGUUCGACCUGAGGAAGAAAGCACCCAAAUUUCCGCGCAGCUACGGGCAAUCAGCACGCAACUAACAGCCGAUAUUCCCGUCGUUCUGGCAAAGUUGACCGAUUUACAAGAGAGAGAAAGGGCGAAUCAAGGUGACGCCCUGAAGUCGGUGGGGACCGUCGAUGCCGAUUAUGCCUCUCUACAUACGAAGCUAGAGGAGCUGGUCAGGCUAUGUUCCACCAACAUGAGGUCGAACCGUCCACUUGAAAACAAUGAUGGUUCAGGACAAGAGCUGGCAAAAAUUCUAUCCCAUAUUGAAGAAGACAGCCAGAAUCGCUUGCAACAAACUCAUCAACAAGCCGAUACUGUCAGAUAUCUCAACGAGCUCAAUACGUGGCUCGAGUCGUUCGUGAAUAACGGAACCUCUCAAAUCCAAGGUUUGGCUACAAACGUGGAACAACUCUGCAUGGACUUGGGCUGCACCGCGCAACCGCAAGGCGCCCCUGGUGCACCUAACUUACUGAACGACAUUCGCCAACUUGCGCUUGGAAUGCAGAUGCGAGAUCAAAACCUGGCUGAGCUGCAUGCCAGCGUAAACGGCCUUCUUGAAGUUAUAAGUGCAGAGACUCGGCAAGGAUCAGGAACCCAGGCCAUUGCUGGCAUGCUCGAGAGGCAACGCCUUGAUCAUGAACAUCUACUUAGAACCUUCACGAAUGAGAUAUCUAGCGAAAUAAAAGGGGAACGAUUGCGCUUCGUUGAAGCCAUGAAAGAAGCAACGGCAAUAAACGUUCAAACACACGUCGAACAAUUUAAAAUGGAGCUAAAUAAGGAGGUAAUGGGUAUGACCGAGGAAGUGCGCCGCCUCCAUCAAGACAAGCGAACAAUAGAGAAUCAGAUUGCUGACCUAUUCGCAUUCUAUUCCAAACAGAAGCAAGCGACAAACCCUCUUGCAGCAGCCGACAUCAACCAGCCUGUGUCGCAGCAGAUGGUCCAAAACUGCAGGCCAACGCUUCGACCCACACGGCAGAGGCCACUACCCCAUCCCAGGCGGACAUAA